GAGACUAUUUAUAUUUUAUUUUUAGAUUUAGCCUUUAUAUUUUAAAUAUAGUGCGUGUAGAAUUUUUUUUGAUUUUUUAGAAUCGUUUUUACGUGUCUUUCAUUGAAUAUUUUUUAUCGAAAGAAUAUCUUGAGCUGGUUUGAGAAUUUAAAAAGCCUGCGGUUCCCACUUCAAUCUUAUGUUUUGUUUCUGAAUUGAGAUGAAUUUGAUACUCGUGUUUUUAUUCUGCUUAGCUGUACGCACUGCCUCAGUUUUCGUAGUAAAAACGUUUUAUGUUCCUGAUGAAUAUUGGCAAAGUUUGGAGGUAGCACACAAAAUUACAUUUGGAUACGGCUACUUAACAUGGGAGUGGGUGGAGGGAAUACGUAGCUACAUAUAUCCCGUUAUCAUAGCUGGAAUUUAUAAAAUUUUGGCGUUGCUGAGUCUGGAUACUGUGAAAUGGCUGAUUAUCCUUCCUCGUUUACUACAGGCUACUUUGUCGGCAUAUUCCGAUUAUCGAUUUUUCAUUUGGACAGGUAAAAAGAAAUGGGGACUGUUUCUCAUGGCAGUGUCUUGGUUCUGGUUUUAUACCGGCUCGAGAACACUAAGCAAUACGUUGGAGACGUCAUUGACAACUAUUGCUUUGAGUUACUUUCCAUGGAACGGUGAAGGUGUAGCAUAUUUGUGGCCAGCUGCUUUGUGUGUUUUCCUGCGACCGACCGCCAUGAUUAUAUGGCUGCCAUUGGUUUUCUAUCACCUUCACAAAUCCAAAUUAAGAUGGACGGAAUUAGUAUUUAAGCGAUUCAUUGUUGUUGGAUUACUUGUUGCGGCAAUCUCCGUGGGUAUCGACUCCUACAUGCAUGGCCGCUUUCUCAUUACUCCAUAUGAGUUUCUCAAGUACAAUGUUAUUCAAAAUAUUGGCAGCUUCUAUGGCUCCCAUCCAUGGUAUUGGUAUUUUACAGUUGGUUUGCCUACAGUUUUGGGCAUUAAUUUUCUGCCUUUUCUAUUUGGUACCAUCGAAACUAUUCGUCAUAGCCGUGCAUAUCCAACACGCAAAUACCUGUUGUUGACCGUUUUUCUAUCUCUGAUUAUAUUAAGUACUGUAGAGCAUAAAGAAUUCCGAUUUGUAUGUGUUCUACUGCCAUUAUGUUUAUAUAUUGCCUCAGAUACCUUAACCAGAUGGAGUUACAAAGCGUCAAGGAUUUCGUUGUGGUUUGUUGCCAUUCUAAUAAUUGUUGGCAAUGCUAUACCAGCCUGGUACUUAAGCACGAUUCAUCAAAGGGGACCAAUUGAUGUUAUGACAAAACUGAAUCAUAUAGCAUCAGAAUACAAAUCCGAACAGAACCGCCCUGCAAACAUACUCUUCCUAAUGCCAUGCCACUCCACUCCGUAUUAUAGCCACAUCCAUCAAAACGUCACUAUGAGGUUUUUAACGUGUGAACCAAAUUUGAAAGAUACACCCAAUUACAAAGAUGAGGCGGAACUCUUUUUCGAGUCACCAGUACAUUGGUUACGUUCUCAUAUUCCUUCGUACCCACGCUCGGCAAAGCCUUCUCACGUGGUACUGUACGAACCGCUAGCAGACACAAUAAACGAAUUCCUUGUUGACUACAAGCUAUUGGAAAAGGUUGCGAAUGCGGAGUACAUUAAUUCAAGGACUGGAAGGAACAUUCUUAUUUAUCAACGUUUACGUGAUGGCGAAGAAAAUAAGUUUAAUCGAAAUGAAUUCAGAAGUGAGGACGAAUUGGUGGUAAAAUAUCCAGAUUUAGCAGAAUUUAAGAACAUCGAUGGUGUAUAUGAUGAAGUGGAAACGGAACAUAAUCUGUUCAACUAAAACAUUUAAAAAUGUUUCUUUUAUAUAGUCCAUGAUCAACUGGUACAAAUACUUUCCUCUAUAAGCUAUGCAUUAUGUAUAAUUAAUUUUAGUUAACGUAUUUAAUUACAAGUUAUCACAAACUACAUGAUUUUUUAGCUCAUCGAUCUAAAUAUUUACUACAUUAGUUUGAUUUAACAUUGUAAAAUUUUCGGUGUUGUCGGUAAAAAAUUCAAGUGCAAAUAAUUAAAGUUUAAGAAGAUUUAUUAAUAAAAAUUUUAACUAAAAAACGGCAAUAA